GUUUGUUGUGAAAGACGGGCAGGAGCCGCUCGUAAUGUUUAGGCGUAAUUGUAGGUUCUGCAGUCCUCUCAGUUGUCAUGUUUCUCCUCCCCCCUCUUGUUUUUCUUCCACACACACUCUCUCUUUAGCGCAUGUAUGAGUCAGCAAAACGCUCGCUUCAUGCUGGAGCUCCAGAGUUUCUGUGACAUCAGCAUCAUGCGUGAAAGAUGAUCCGGGGCUGGCGACUGAAGCAGGCGGAGGAGGACGAGAUGCAGCUCCUGCAGCGUUGUGGCCCCUGCGGCUAGAUUAGGCCUGUACGGACUGAAUGUGUGUCAGCACGCAUGCCCUGACACACCUCACCGUAUGUGUCCAAAGGUCUGCUGUGCCUUGUGCAACUUCACUCAGUAAGACGAUUAGAAGGAAAGCAGCUGGAAGGAGGGGUGAAACUGCAUUGCUUCUGUGGUAAAAAUAACGAUGGCUUCAGUGUUCCUGCCAGCGCUGGCUCGUAUGGCCGUAUGUGGCGGCACCCAUGGGAACGAGCUGUCCGGUGUGUAUGUGGUGCAGGAGAUGGAGCGACAGCGGAAAGAGAAGGGAGAGGGUGCCUGGCCGAUUCCUGUCACAACCGUGCUUUCAAACCCAAGAGCUGUGAAAGAGUGCAGAAGAUACAUCGACACCGAUAUGAACCGCUGCUUCAACAGAGACACGCUGAGUUCUCCUGUUACAGACAGCAGCCCAUAUGAAGUCCGGCGCGCUCAAGAACUGAACAAUCUGCUGGGGCCGAAAGGAUCCGCUGAUGCAACAGACUUGAUCUGUGACCUUCAUAACACCACAUCCAACAUGGGCCUCACACUCAUCCAUUACACAACCAGCGACUGGGUGACCCUGCACAUCUGCAAAUACUUACAGACUAAGAUAACCAAAGUGCCUGUGAGAGUGCUGGUACUGGAUGUCCCGAUUAUUGAUGCUUAUUCCUUGGAGUCUGUAUCCAAGCAUGGCUUUUCAAUAGAGGUCGGGCCGCAGCCGCACGGCGUUGUCAGAGCUGACAUCUAUAUCAUUAUGAAAGAGGCGGUCGAUUUGACCAUAGAGUGGAUCCACAAAUUCAACUCAGGAACAGUGUUCGAAGGCGGGGAUGUGGAAACCUUUAGAUUAAUCAAAAGUGUUGAUUAUCCCAGAGAUCCAGAGACUCGGACUCUCAGCGCUGCCAUUCAUCCUCAGCUGCAGGACAAAGACUUCCGUCUUCUCAAGCAGGGAGACCCUUUAUUUUUGUCCUUUUCUGGAGAAACCCUAAGCUACGAGGAAGAAGAGACACUUCAUCCUUUUUUUAUCAACGAAGCUGCGUACUACGAAAAGGGAAUCGCCUUUCACUUGGGAAGAAAGAUGAUGCUGACGAUUCCAACGGUGCAGGCGCAGAAAGACUGAACAGACGGAGAGGAAAAAGAUAGCACUCACAGUUGCCACCAUCAAUCAGAAUGUCACUUCAACGAUUUUAACGAUCACUUGUAACUCAGGUAUACACAAAGUACUUAUUUGUAGCUAUAUAACAACGGAUGGCUCGUUUAUCUGCUGCUAAAACACGGUGUUUUGGAUGAAUAGGUAUUUAUUGUGACCAGCAAAAUGUUCACUUGACAGGAACGUGUACAAAACUGUAUAAAAAAGGCAAAACCGUCUGAAGUACUGACAUCACGGUGAUGUCACAGUGGAGUGUGAGGUAUCCUCUUGACUGUAUUGCUCAUAUGCUGUCGCUCUUGCCUGAUUGCUUUGACAAAAUUGAGCCUCUAACGGGCUCGGAAUAAAAAGACGAAACGAAAAGCAAA